AUGCGAGCUUCAAAGCAUAAAAACACAGAAAAGGCAGAACCAUUCUACUGGCUUUCAGAGCUAAGGCAGAAGACCAGUUCUGAGAUUGUAAAUGAAGCCAGAAAUGCUCUACAAACAGUAAGAACUCAGAGACCACUUACACCUGCAGAGGAUCAAAGGAAACUUUUUGGAUCCGGGUCCUCACGAACUCCUCAAAACAGACCCCCUUCAGUUUUCAGUCUUCAUGCAUCCAGUUUUGAUUUGGCUGAAUCAAGACCAGUGUCUGGUGUUCGUCUUAGCCCAUUGGACCAUAAACCAAUGCUGCCUGCUUUUGCUCAAGAUGGAGAUUCUUCCAGUCCCAUUCCCAAACCUCCUGCUGGUGCUGCAGAGGUUAGGAAAGUCAGCAGAGCUCGAGCACACUUUUUUAGAAGACCUCACCAAAGUUUCCUUUCUGCUGGAAUGGUUCCUCCUGCUCAGAAUAAAGAGAAGCUAGAUUCUGAAGAGCCAACUGUGAUGAGUAAUCCUUGCAGAAGUCAUAAUAAUUGCUUAGCAGAGCAAAGGUCACCCACAGCAUUUAAUGAUAGAAGUAGACAAUUAAUUUGUAAUGAGCAUAUCAGCAGAUCAGAGAAGGAAGACUUUCUGCAAGUGGCAGCAGGAAAAUGUUUAUUUCAGCUGAGAGGAGAAAGUGACCCAGUGACAAAGCCUGCCACAAAUCCAUCAUGGCCAAGCAGGACAGGCUGGAAGGGACUAGAAACAGGUUUGGAGGAUGAAACAGGAGUAAAUGAACUGGAAGAGGAAGCAAUCUUUUGGCAUAUGAAGAUUCUACCAAUUCUGCAUGAACUGGACAAUGUAGAAGACAACAUAGAAAAUCUUUGUCUGGCUUGCACCAAGCUGUAUCAAGCCUUGAAUGAAGGAAAUCUGCUUGGAAAAAGGUUUGAAGGGAGAAGUAUUCUUCUGAAGACAUUAUAUCAACUGGUAGACGUUGACUCGGAUCCACUUCGCCUGAAGCUGGCAAAGAUUAUCCUGGCUAUGAAAGUGGCUGGGAAAAAUCUUCUCAGUGUUUGCAAGCUUGCAUUCAACGUUUGCAGGAACGACAGAAACGAUUCCAUCCUUCAGAGAGAGAGAUUCUUGGACUGUUUGUUGGAGGUCCUGAGAACUGAAGAUCUACAGAAAAACAAUGAAGCCCUCCUGUAUUGCAUGGGAGCUAUAAAAUUCAUGUCUGGAAAUGCAACACUCCUUAAUGAAAUGGUCAACAAAGGAGCUGUUGAAAUGUUGCUGCAAUUAAUGAAGCAGAUUAACAAUAUAAAAGACAAUGACACACACUUCUCUUCCUUGGGCCACCUUUUAGUCCAGCUGACGGCGACUCUGCGCAACUUGGCCGACUGCCCUGCGGGCAGGCAGCGGCUGCUGGGCGGUGCUGCAGCCUCUGAGCUCAGCGUGGCGCUGGAGCUGCGUGUGGAGGACAGGGAUGUCUGUGCCUACGUCCUCAGGACCUUCAGCAAACUUUCCUCCUACGAUGACUUCUGUGCAGCUUUAGCAGACUGCUCCAGAUGUUACAACUUAUUUUUAGCCCUACUAAACAAACACCAGAAGCAGCAGGGUUUGGUUGUCCGUAUCCUCUUCGUCCUUGGUAAUUUAACAGCAAAGAAUAACCAGGCCCGUGAGCAGCUGUUUAAAGAAAAAGGAAGCCUUAACACCUUGGUAUCAUUAUUCCAAACCUACCAUGAACUUGAUCUGAAUGCACAGAAAUGGGGCCAUAAAAGAGAAGGGGAAAGAAAAAGCCACCCAAAGCAUCCUUCGGAAGCAGAAGAUGUGCUGAUAAAACUGAUAAGAGUUGUGGCCAACCUCUCUGUUCAUCCCAGCGUAGGAGCAGCUCUGGCAGCUGCCCAGAGUGUGGUAGAGUUACUUGUAACAGUGCUAGAAUACAAGUCAAUAGAUGACUGUGAGGAAUUGGUCAUCAGCGCUGCAACAGCCAUCAACAAUUUGUCCUACUACAAAGUGAAGAGUUCUACUGUCCAAGAGAAGCAGCUACACAUUGCUCAAAUGCUCUUAAAGCUGUUGAUGAGCAACAAUCUGGAUGGAGCUGUGGAGGCUGUCAGAGUCUUUGGCAAUCUGUCCCAGCAUCACGAGAUCUGUGACUUCAUCCUGCAGAAAAAGGCACACAAGUUCCUGAUUGCUUUGCUUGAUUCCAAGAACCAAGAUGUCUGCUUUUCUGCCUGUGGAGUUCUGCUCAAUCUCACAGCAAAUAAGAACCAAGGAGCUCUUCUGAGGGAAGAAGGAGGAAUUGGGAAGUUAGUUGAGUGUCUACAAGACUUCGGGCCUGCAGACUGGCAGCUGGCUUGUUUGAUAUGCAAAACCCUGUGGAACUACAGUGAAAACAGCACACGUGCAGCCUCAUGCUUUGGAGAAGAGACCAACACGUUGGUGGUGCUGCUGACAUCACUCCUAGAUGCAGAGCUAGUGUGGGAUUGCAGCCUCGGCAGAGAUUUAAGGGACUACCCCAGACUGUAUUGGGAAAGAGAGUUCAAACCUGUGGCAGAAAAGCUUCUUCACAGAAUUCAAAGCCAUCACUCCUGA